CGCGUCAGUGUUGGUUAGUGAGUGGUGAGGGGAGUAUGUGUCUCUUACUCCCUUGGUGCUAACCUAUUGUGUUUAAGUUGACAAUGUUGUGACAUAUUUAAUCAAAGUUUCUGUAGAAAAAAAAACUGGCAGAGAAAGUGUUGAGUUUGUCAUUAGUGAAGGAAAAAGCAGAGGAUUAUUUCUUAAACAUUUGGAUUUGUUAACUUCGCUCUACACCUCAUACAGAUUGGUGGUGACCCGGGGAGAGGAUGUGGGCAUUUGAAGUCACGUGAGAGGUCAUUCUACAACCGCCAAACUGACGCCUCACACCAACACAGAUUCGGAGGAGGGGAUGCUGGAGGGGGUGUCAAGAAGAGCGUUUGGUGCGUCGUCUGGCACCUACAACGUGAGGGCCUCAGAGCUGGCGCGUCACAAGGCCCUCAAGACGCUGAGAGUCCAAGUGGCUCUCUUGGAUGACUCCACCCAGGUGUUUGAGAUAGAGAAGCGAGCCAAGGGCCAGGCAUUGUUGGAUCUGGUGUUCAAUCAUCUGGAGUUGAUAGAGAGAGAUUUCUUUGGCCUCCAGUACAUAGAACCUUCCACCAGCAGUGACAACCCCAGAAGAUGGCUGGACCCGCUCAAACCCGUCAAGAAACAACUGCGAAUCAGGACCAAAAGCCUGGGUACAUGUGGGUUGCCGGUGCUAUACUUUCGGGUCAAGUUCUGGGUGAGCGAUCCUGGGAAGUUAACAGAAGAGUACACACGCUACCACGUCUUCCUCCAGCUGCGACGGGAUGUUCUUGAGGGCCGCCUUGGUGCCCAGCCGUCCACUGCUGCCCUCCUAGCCUCAUAUGCCCUCCAAUCUGAACUGGGAGACUAUAGUUCUGAUGAGCACGGGAACACUUACCUAGCAGACAUGAGACUCGUGCCCAACCAAUGUGAAGAUCUGGAGAAAAAGAUCCUUGAGCUUCACAAACUACACAAAGGGCAGUCUCCGGCAGAUGCAGAGUUCAAUUUCUUAGAUCAUGCUAAGCGGUUAGAUCUCUAUGGAGUUGACUUACACAAAGCCCGGGACUCAACCAACCGCGAGAUACACUUGGGUGUAACUGCGAUCGGUCUGGUCGUGUUCCAGAAUGCAAUCAAAAUAAAUACUUUUAGCUGGGCCAAGAUUGUCAAAAUCUCCUUUAAACGGAAACAAUUUUUUAUUCAGCUUCGAAGAGAACUGACAGACCAGGCCGACAGUAAGCAAGACCCAAGCUCUUUUCUACAAAUUGUCAAGAAAAGAUUGUAUAAAAAGUCUGAGAAUUACGACAGUGUGUUAGGCUUUAACCUCGCUUCCUACCGGGCGUGUAAGUGUUUAUGGAAAUCCUGCGUUGAACACCACACUUUCUUCCGGCUGCACACUCCCAGGACGCCCGCUAGAAAAAAUCUAUUGACUCUGGGCAGCAAGUUCCGUUACAGCGGGCGGACAGAGUUUCAGACAGUGGAAGAUUGCAAAAGGCGGGCUAGAGUUGAACGUACCUUUGUCCGAUCACCGUCCAAAAGGUUUGCACGACAGACAGUGCCGACCCCAAGUGAUUUAGGGUCAGAAGCUCGGUCGGGCUCCGGAUCAUCCCUGAGGCACGUACUGACUCCUCAGGGUACAAAGUUACUUCCCUCCAAGGUGCUAAGACCCCCAAGAUGGCCUGGGGUGAGGCCCAACCCACAGAUGAUGAGACAAGCGGCCUAGCUGAGCGUGAAGAUGGCGAGCGAGGGGCGGGUCUGUCAGAGGACGGUGUGGGCGUGGUGCGUCCCCUGGCUCCGCCCCCAGCUCCUCCCUCCACCUCCUCGUCUUCUGCCUCAUCUGGAGAGAGUGAUGUGGGGCCCCACCUUCCCCAGAUCA